AUGUUCGUUGCACAGAGCGAGAGCCCUCUUCUUAUUGUUGCGAUUUUUGUCACCGGGAUUGGUGGGACGUUCCAGUAUGGGUUUCAAAUUUCCGUUAUGACUUCACCCUCCUCUGUAAAUAACACAAGGGUUAAGGAUCUGGUGAACGCAACCUGUGAGCAGCGGUACGGUCUCUCCCUGGGACCCCAGGAGAUCAACCUCAUCUGGUCUUUCCUCGUCUCCGUGUUCUGCAUCGGGGGUCUCCUGGGGACUCUGUGUGCUGGAAAGCUAACGGCAGCAUACGGAAGGAAGAGAUGCCUGUUCUUGAACAACUUUGUGGCCAUUAGCGCCGCUGUGCUGAUGCUGCUCAGCAAAACGGCCAUGUCGUUUGAGAUGAUCCUUGUGGGACGAUUCCUGUAUGGCGUAAAUGCAGGUGUCAGUCUCAGUGUUCACACCAUGUACCUGGUGGAGUGCGCUCCCAAGAGGCUGCGGGGCAUGGUGGGCGUGUCUGUCGCAACCUUUAUCUCCCUGGGGAAGUUCUGUGGUCAGCUCCUGGGACUCAGUGAGCUGUUGGGGACAGAGACAGGCUGGCCUUGGCUCCUGGCGUUCUGCGGUGCCACGGCAACGCUCCAGCUCCUCUCCCUGCCCCUCCUUCCAGAGUCUCCCCGCUACCUGCUGCUGGACAGGGGCGACCGGCAGGGCUGUGAGAAAGCCCUCCGCAGGCUGUGGGGCAGCAGCAGGGACCAUGGCGGGGAGGUGGAGGAGAUGCUGCAGGAACACGCCGCCCAGCAGGGGGUCCGCACGCACACCGUGCUGCAGCUGCUCCUGGAGCGCAGCCUGCGGUGGCAGCUCGCCACGGUCCUCGUCACCUUCUCCGCCCUGCAGCUGUGUGGCAUCAACGCUGUGUACCUGUACUCCUUUGAUGUGUUCCGAGAGGCAGGUAUCCCCGCCCACCAGCUGCGCCACGUCGCCUUGGGAACGGGGCUGUGCGAGAUCUCCGUCUCCGUGGCUUGUGUGAUGGUGAUCGAGAGCACAGGGAAGAAGCUACUUCUCUUUAGAGGAUUACUCUGCAUGGCUGGCACCUUGGGGCUCCUGACCAUCACUCUUUACCUGCAGACUCAGGUCUCCUGGAUGCCGUACUGCAGCAUGGCCCUCAUCUUCCUCUUCAUCCUCUUCUUCUCCAGUGGACCUGCUGGAGUGACCGCCCCCCUGCCCGGUGAGAUCUUCACCCAGUCCUUUAAACCCGCAGCCUUCACCGUAGCGUGCACCCUCAACUGGACUGGCCUCUUCCUCCUGGGCAUGCUCUUCCCUCUCAUAGUGGAGUAUCUGGAUUACUUUUGUUUUCUCAUCUUCCUCUGUGUCAGCCUUCUCUCUGGGCUGUUUGUGUGGUACAACGUUCCCGAGACCAAGAACCGCACUGUCCUGGAGAUCACGGCAGACUACCACAGGAUGCAUUCUAAAACAGGACUGCCUGAGGAGGACAAACACAAACAGCCUGAGGCCACUGGCACAGUGACUUCAUGUACAACCACCAAACUCUAACCAAAGAUCAUUUGAUUUGUAGAUUGCGUGUAACUGUCUGAUAACACAAGGGUUAACUCAAGCUUUUUAGGUUUUCUGGCUGAACCACAAAUCAAUACUUAUGUCUACUCUGGACAGGAUAUUCAGGAGGGGUUAUUGGGAUUUUCAGGGGUUUGACUCUUGACAUUGAUUAGAUGUUAUUGCUACACCCAGCCAUAAAGACAGGGAUAGCUACACCCAUGGUCGAGUUACAUUACUGGACAAGAUCAGGUUGUGCUUAAGUUUCAGUGAUAAGAAUUUCGCCUUUUGCUGUCUGAACUGUACCAAAUAUCUACGGGCAAAAAUAAAAUAAUUAACA